GCGGGGUACGUAGUGCUGCUGCAGCGCCCCCUGCUGGUCGCGCCUGGGAGCGGCCUGUGCUCUGUGCGGAAGAUGGCGACGGGACUCCUACAGAGAGCGGGUGGUGUUGCUCGCCCGAGAAGCGGGGCGCACCCGGCCGGAGCGCUCGUCGCGUGGUGCAGGGGCUUUUCGGCAUCCAGCAACAGAAACAGGGAGGACAGCUGGUUCAAAUCGCUGUUUGUUAGGAAAGUUGAUCCCAGGAAGGAUGCACACUCCACCCUGCUGACCAAAAACGAGGAGAAUAACCUCUACAAAAUCCAGUUUCAUAAUGUCAAGCCAGAGUGCCUGGAUGCAUACAACAAAGUGUGUGAGGAUGUUUUGCCCUCAAUCCAUGCUGAUAAGUACUACCCCUGUGAGCUGGUGGGCACCUGGAAUACCUGGUAUGGAGAACAAGACCAGGCUGUUCACCUGUGGCGUUAUAGAGGUGGAUACCCAGCUUUAACAGAGGUGAUGAACAAGCUGAAGCAGAACAAGGACUUCACAGCAUACAGGAAGGAGCGGGGUAAGAUGCUGUUAUCUCGCAGGAAUCAACUUCUCCUGGAGUUCAGCUUCUGGAAUGAGCCCGUCCCCCGAGACGGCCCCAACAUCUAUGAGCUCAGGUCCUAUCAGCUCAGGCCAGGAACCAUGAUCGAGUGGGGUAAUUACUGGGCCAGAGCCAUUAGAUACCGGCAGCACAACAGAGAAGCUGUGGGAGGGUUUUUCUCCCAGAUUGGCAACCUCUAUAUGGUUCACCACCUCUGGGCUUACAAAGAUCUUCAGUCUCGGGAAGACACGAGGAACGCCGUCUGGCAGCAGGAAGGCUGGCAUGAGGUGGUGUAUUACACAGUUCCUCUCAUUCAGCACAUGGACUCAAGGAUCAUGAUCCCAACAAAGGCUUCACCACUGCAGUGAGAUAGGAGCGAGUGGCACCAUUCACAUCCAGUUACAUCAAUCCAGAACGUCACUCUCACAGUGUUGACCUUUUUCUUGCUGCCAAACGUCCUGUUAUUCCUUGUCUUUAUUUAUCUUAUUUCAAAGAUGUCCAUAACACAGACUGUAGUGUUUGUAGGUAAACUUUGCAGCUUCUAUUCAAAGUGUCUUUUCGGGCAAGUGUUCUGGAGCAGGAUGAGUUGAUUUGGCCAAUUUAAACUGCCUGAUGGUUGUUAUUCCAAAGCCUUGUGCCACAUUAACACAGGUCCAAAACGAGAUUGUCCAAUUCAAAACUAACCAAAGCUACUUGAAAGGAGCAGCAGCGGCUGUACGUGUGGGAACAGUUAGGACAUGGUAGUGCUGAAUCUCACUGCACAAUCACUAUAUAUUUAUCUGAUGUUCUAUUUUACUGUCAGUUUUAUAAUAAGUGUGCUGACAACGUGACAGUUUGAUGGGGGCCAUGCUAUUGCUGAGUGAUGUGAUAGGGUCUAUACAUUUGAGAACACUGUUUUGUUUUUGUUUUUCACAUUGUAAACCCUAGAUUUUCAUAUUUCACGUUGGCUCUGAAUCCUAGACUUUAUUUUUAGUUAAUUUGCUUCUUCUGGAUGUUCCUCGUUUCUGUCAUAUGUGUGUGACUAUGGCUUCUACUUCGUCGCGUGAUGACAGCAUGCUGAUUUUAAAACGGUUUCUACUUACAUGUUUAGUGAGGGAUAAAUAUUGUAUAUUAAUUGCUGUUAAUCAGUAGUUGAGUGAAUCUGGCACCAAGCGGUCCGCCGUGCUCCUGCGUACUGUGACGUCAGAUACUGUUGUUAAAGGAAGCAUGUUAAUCUUGUCUCUUUGUUCAUCGGUUCAGAAGGAACAAUGUUCCACAGAGGACAGGAAUGGCAACACAGAUUAAAGAAGCUCUAUAUCGGA